AUGAAGCAGCUCGAGCUCGCCGGGCAAACCGCAUCGCGGCUCGCCGACGUCGCACACAUUGAGGCACUCACUGCACAGGGGGCGACGGGCAUCACGGGUAUAAACGCAUUGCGGGCUGAGGCAGCGGUCCUGACGGAUCGGAUCCGUUCGGACCCCGAUUACGCGCAUUCUGAGGUUGACAGAUUGCGGGCAGCGGCAGGGAUGGUCUGUAGGGAGGUAGAGCGUGCGGCGCAGGAGACAGAGAAGGUGAAGGCGGAGGCGGAGAAGGUUGUGAGGGAGACGGAGCGCGCGGCGCAGGAGACGGAGAAGGUGAAAAUGGAGGCAUAUAAGGUAGUGAGGGAGACAGAGCGGGCGGCGCAGGAGAUGGAGAGGUUCAAGGGGGAGACGGAGAAGGUGGGUAAGGAGGGUGAAAGGGCGGUGGCCGAGACCGAGAGGGUAAAGGCGGAAGCAAUGUUGGUGAGGAGUGAGAAGAUGAAGAUUGAUGUAGAGAGGCUGAAGGCGGAGAGGGAGUGGAUGAUGGUUAGGGCCGAGCGAAUGAAAGCGGCGGCGGAGGUGCAGGCGGAAGUGGAGGCAGAGCGGAUGAGGGCGGAAGCAGAGGCGGAAACCGAGAGUACUAGGAAGGAGAGAGACCGGGCGGCAGCUCGCGAGGCGCUGGAAUUAUUGAAGCGGCGACGAGGGGUAGGGCCGGAAUGGUAG